AUGGGUCUGCUCAAGAGCUUCGCUGCUGCCUCGCGCCGUGGACUCGCCACCAGUGCAACUCGCAGCAGCUACGCAGAUACGAUUGGCAACCUCGCCGCCGGCCCCCACUCCAACGUGAUCGUGCAGGGCUUCACGGGCAAAGCAUCGACCGUGCACACGCAAAUCUCGCUCGACAUGGGCACCAACGUCGUUGCCGGCGUCUCUCCCGGCAAGGGUGGCACCAAGCACCUCGGUGGUCGACCCGUGUUCAAUUCGGUCCAAGAGGUGCUCGAUGCGGGCAUCAAGGUGGAUGCCACCUCGGUCUUUGUGCCACCCGCUCUGGCGGCGGAUGCGAUCAUCGAGGCGAUUCGAGCCGAGAUCCCGCUCAUUGUCAGCGUUGCAGAGGGCGUUCCGGUCAAGGAUCAAUUCCGCGUGAUGGAGGCGCUGCAUUCACAGAGCAAGUCGCGGCUGGUGGGUGCCAACUCGCCCGGAUACUGCAAUCCGCGCGGAUGCAGGAUGGGUAUCUCGCCCAUGAUCACGGCUGCGCCCGGGCCGGUAGGAAUUGCCUCGCGCUCGGGAACGCUAUCGUACGAAGCUGCCUAUGCCACCAAACCGCUCGGACAGAGCUACAUCCUCGGGCUUGGAGGCGACUUUUAUCCCGGCACACGAACCGUCGAGGCACUCGAGUUCCUCAUGAACGACCCAGAAACUCACGCCAUCGUCCUGGCGGGCGAGAUCGGCGGAACGAUGGAAGAGGAGGUAUACACGCUGCUCAGCGAUCCCAACUCCAAGUAUAGGCAGCCCAAAGGCGGUAAGGGCACGUUUACCAAGCCGAUCGUCGGGUUCAUCGCGGGCCUCAACACGCCCCCCGGCCAGAUGUUCGGUCAUGCCGGCGCCAUUUGGAGGGACGAUACUAGCUCGGCACUCGAGAAACGCCAAAUGUGGAUCGAAGUUGGCAUCCGCAUGGCAGACGCGAUCGCCGACGUCGGCAAGCUCGUCCAGGAGGAAAUGGCCUCCUACGGCCUCGACAUCCCCAAAUCCACCGCCUAA